CUGGAGCUGGCUACUCCUGGAUAUGAUUUGUCGUAAAGAGGGCGGAUAGUUGAAGCUGAAUACUGUCACGUAGAUUAUAUGUAAGAAAAGUCUAUAUGACCCAGAUCCGAGUCUCUGAUUCGCUAGUUUUGCUGAAGAUCGAGGCUGAGCCGUAAUAUAGUCAAGGACCCACUCAAAUCAAAGACAUACUUGGAGGUAUGGCUGUUGGACAGAAGACAAACUCUCUUCUCCCGUUCAAAGUCUGCAGGUGGGUCACCAUAUCUAUUACAACAAACGUGCAUUCUUAUCAUGUUAUAAACCCGCCCACUGUCAAACGGCAACCAUUUCUCAGGAAAGAAACCGCUUCUCCUUGUGCAACGAAGAGAAAAUGGGAAUCUCUUUAAGCAAGAAUCCUCAAACCCAGGUGGCCAAGACCUUUGACAAUCUCUGGCAGUUGUCUCGUUUUCAUACCAGGGAAUCAUGGCUUGCUGUUUUUCCAGCUAGUAAGUAAAUCCCCAAAAAUCUGUUCACCUGAAAAAAGUCUUACCUUGAUACAGUCUGGGGGCUUGCUUUUACUGUUAAUCAAAGCCAUACGAAUCUGCCGUCAUCUCAACUCCAUUUAAUCUUAUCAAAUUGGUUUUGUAUGACCCUUUUUCAUGGAACUUUCUGUACCUGGAAGUAUGUUGGAAAUAUUCCUAAUCUGUAUAUUUGGCGCAAUCACUGACCUAUUGCGAAGCGAUGUGUGUGAUGUCAACUUUGAUAAGCAAGUUGCACGAACCAAAAACCGGCCUUUAGCCGCUGGAAGGUGUUCGAUACAAACUGCUGUGAUAUGGUUCAUCACUCAAUGGGUUAUAACCGACUUUCUUGUGUAUACACUUCUCGGAGCACCAGCAUUAAAAGUCUUCCACCCAUGGUGUUUUAUUGCUACAAUAUACCCUUUCAUGAAACGCCUUGUAUCAUGGCCGCAGUUUAUUCUAGCUCCAGCGGUCGCCGGACCAUCCUUUGUUGGCUGGAGUUCGAUCAACGGAAACUCCAAUAUCGAGGGUGCACUGCCUCUUUUUAUUGCCUACUCUAUCUGGACAGUUUAUUUUGACACAGCAUAUGGAUUUCAGGUUCGUCUUUCCCUCGGUAAUUAAUGAAGAGCAUGAACAAAAAACCCUGACAAGUUUAGGACAUCAACGACGAUAAAAAGGCUGGUGUGGGCUCGCUUGCACAAUUCCUCGGGCCAAAUUUCAUCAAACCAUUCCUGGCUGUUACCGGAGCUGUGACAAUCGGACUUCUGGGAAUUGCUGCCACAAGGGCGCAGUUUACGCUACUAUUUUGGAUUCUUGGUCUCGGAAUCUGGGCCGCCAGUCUUCCGUUUCAAUUUAACAUGCUCGACCUGAAUGAUUCCAAGUCUGGCGGAAAGGUGUUUGGGUUCAAUAUCAAGCUUGGCCUUUACAUUAGUUUCAUUGCCCUGACGGAAGCAGGCAUGAAAUUUGUUAGAUGAAGCGCGAACGGAGUUUGGUUGUAGAAAGAAUUCGACUGGGAAAAUCAUGUCCACCCGAGGAGGGUAUGCAUUCACGAAGACAUAUUGUACCGGAAGUCUUCCGAGCACCGAUAUGAUUUCUGGUGGCUUAAAAUGGCGAGGUUUAAUGAGAAGAAAUUACUUUAGUAUGGUCAGAAAUUGUUUGUCCGUUGCGAGUAUGUGCUGAAGUGUUUAAGCGUGAUUUGAACUCGCACAUUCACACAAAACAACGAUGGAUGGGAAGUGCAUUUGAGAGGCCUGGAUGGAAUGGUCAGUAAUGAUUCUUCAUGCGCAAUAAGCCUCCACGGAUAAUAUCACAUGCAAAUACAACUGUGUAUGGCACAUGUCUCAUGAAGCACUCCAUCUACACCAAAAUCCCCUGGAGCU